AUGCCAGAGAUGGAGAAAGGGAGACCACCAGAAAGUAAACGCAGCAGGAAACCCGCGCAUCCCGUAAAGAGGGAAAUUAACCAGGAGAUGAAGACUUUUGCAGAAAGCACUAUGAAUGAGCUCCUAGGAUGGUACGGCUAUGACAAAGUGGAUCUUCGAGAUGCUGAGGCCAACGAGAUCAGGAACUACAGGGAGAGACGCCAGCAUGUAUCUGUGUUGAAAGAAAACUCUUUGCCAAAACCCAAGACCCUCGACAGCAAAGUCAGUCACACGGUCCUCGCUAUGAAGAGUGUCGAGAGGGAAUCAUUCACUGUUCCCUCAUCUUCGUCUUCAUCAACAAGCACCUCCUCAAGCACGGCCAAGGAGCACAAGAGUGCACCCGUGAUUGUGCCACUCAUAAAGCCAUCAGCAGUGGAUGACGUACAAAAUGUACAGAUCGUGUGCGUUUGGUGCCAAAAAGAAGGUGUUAAGCGCUACUCUCUAUGCAUGGGUUCUGAGCUCAAGAGCUUCUGCAGUGAAAAGUGUUUUGCCGCCUGCAGACGGGCCUACUUCAAGCGCAAUAAGGCCAGAGACGAGGACCUCCAUGGGGAGAGAUCUCCCCAGCACCCUCAUACAGAGGACACACCAAGGCUGGUGAUGAAGAUAAACAGCAAUGUUAGAGUGUGUGAUUGGUGUAAACAUGUCCGCCACACGAAAGAAUACCUUGAUUUUGGAUCUGGCGAAGAGCGACUUCAGUUCUGCAGCACCAAAUGUCUGAAUCAGUACAAGAUGGAUGUGUUCUACAGAGAAGCACGUGCGGCUCUUACAUGCUCCAGCCCAGCUAGGGCUGGACAGGAGGGGAGGUCAGAUCAUAAUCUUGUUGGGCAAAAGCUUCUCACUCCAGAGUCUUGGAACAAUGGUAGCAGUACAGGCGAAGCACUUCAAAGAGACAAAUCGCCAAAGGGCCCUACACCAAUCCCGGGUUCAUCAGAAUCAUCCUCGAUAUCUCCAUCAGAGUCAUCAUCUUCUAAGCUUCCUGUCAGUGGGCAGAGAAGUCUUGACAGGCCCAUCCAACCUCCUCCACCUCCUCCUGCUGUAGAGGUGUCACCUCAUUCUGCACUAAUUCCUCCUCCUCUUCCACGCCACCCUCUAGAACAUUCACCAAUUCCCCAGUUGCGAAUGCCCUUCAUUAGACCUCCUCUUCAUGCCCAGGGCCUUAGAAGCCCCCUUGCUAAUAACCACCAUCCAAGACCUCCUGGUCCCUCUUCUAGCCCCAUCCACAGACCCGCUCCCUCUCCGCACCUGCAGCCUCCCACUUCCUCCUCUAUUAACCCACCAGGAUUGAUGCAUCCUCUCCCUCGGCACUACUACCCUGGUUUGCACUCUCCUCCACUUAUGCUACCAAGAGGCCCUGUGCCAAUGCCUCCUAUAAUGAACUUUGGCAUUCCUUCCUUUAGCCCCCUCCUACCCCAGCCCACAGUCCUGGUACCGUACCCUAUUAUCGUUCCCCUUCCAGUCCCAAUACCAAUUCCAAUACCCAUUCCAGUCCCUCCAAAAAGAAAUCUUGAAACCCCAAAUCAUACUGGUGUUAUACAACCUGUGCCAGAGGGAAUAGACAGAUGUAGAUCGAUACCUGCAAGGUUUCCUUCUCCUGGGAUUCCUGAAGGAAACAGCCAAUUGCUACACCACAGAAUAAGUGGAAAUGUGCCUCAUAGUCUCCCUUCACCCAGUGACCCCAAUUCCAAAGACAUAGGUUGGGUUAAAUCAGAGAGGCCAUUCUCGUCCCCAUCAUUGAUGUGCCACAGUGGGUCAUUGUCCCCACGAGCACAGUAUAACACAUCGCCCUCCUCUGCACGCAGCUCAGAAGGUCAGAUGGACUAUAAACAACAACAGCACUCAGAAAGACAAGUUAUACAGAGGGUUCUCCAGAGAACACAGGUGAAGGUAGAACCCAAUGUUAAAACAGCUGUAGACCUUUUGGGGAUAGAGGAGUCAGGUUCUAUGCAGGGUACCAGAUCAGGUCUCAGUAGAUCUAGCCCACCUCCACCAUCAUCACAGCCCUCUUCACAUGACACUAUAUACCAACAUCAGGACUGCCACACCUCACCGUCACGCAUACCAACAAUCCCUACAGUGAACAACAACCAAUAUGAUUCUUUGACUUCUGCCCCUAAAUCUCAAAACCAUGGUCCAAAUGGGAUUUCCUCAGUGCUAUCCAUAGCCUGCUCGGGCUCAGCCUUACCCCAGAAAGUACCCAUAUCACCCGCAGAUCCUGCAUUAACUGAGUUGGAAUCCAUAAAAGAAAACAAGUGCUCAGUUGUCUGCCCUGUCCGAGUUGAGGGCCAAGUUAACCAAACAGAAGAACCUUCAGCAGUAGUUAGGGAUGCAGGAGACGACCCACACUUGCCAGAUGAGGACCAUGCCUAUGCCCUACCCACUGCACCAAAGAUUGGUGGGACCACCACCCCACUGCUCUUGCCCAAACUCAGGGACAAGGGUAGCUUAAGGAGCCCUGCUAAUACACCCAGUGCUGGAGACAUGGAGCCAGCUCUAAAGAGAAGAUGCCUACGAAUCCGUGAUCAAAACAAAUAA